CCAGCGCAAUCGCAAUACGCAGCAGCGGCUCAUGUCCCAUUAAUCAAGUCACCAAGUCUCCGAGUUCCUCGUCCAGUCGAAUUACCACCGGAUCUUCACCCAUUGCCAGACGAUGUGAACGCAUAUUUCGUCUACCCAUUCACUCUGGAGCCCCACAUCAUUACUCUCGAAUCAGCAAGACGCUCGACCUUAGCUGCUCACGCCGCCAGACGGGAAGCGUACCUACGUGCUCGCGAUGAAGAGAAGGAGCGCCGCAAGCGUGAGGCCCUGCGGAAGGUCGCACCUGGAUUCGAGCCGUCUGCCGCGCCCCUCGUGCCAACGCCUAUACGAAAGAGUACAAGUGCGCCUCCGGCGGGGCCAGCGAACGCUCAACAGUCGCCGCCAGGAUCUAUGAGUCCACAGGCGGCGGGGAGACCAAAGGAUGUCAUGGAGGAUCUGGUCAGCCAGCUGGAGAAGCUAGAGUCAUCGUCGUCUUGA